GCGGCGCGCGCUGCGGGCAGUGAGUGUGGAGGCGCGGACGCGCGGCGGAGCUUGAGCUGCUGCAGCUGCUGCCGCCGCCGGAGGAACCUCAUCCCCGCGCUCCGGACACCCCGGGCCUCGCCAUGGCUGACCAGCUCACAGAGGAGCAGAUCGCAGAGUUCAAGGAGGCCUUCUCCCUCUUCGACAAGGAUGGAGAUGGCACCAUCACCACGAAGGAGUUGGGGACAGUGAUGAGAUCCCUAGGACAAAACCCUACAGAAGCGGAGCUGCAGGACAUGAUCAAUGAGGUGGACGCAGAUGGGAACGGGACCAUUGACUUCCCGGAGUUCUUGACCAUGAUGGCCCGGAAGAUGAAGGACACGGACAGUGAGGAGGAGAUCCGAGAGGCCUUCCGUGUCUUUGACAAAGACGGCAACGGCUACAUCAGCGCCGCAGAGCUGCGUCACGUGAUGACGAACCUAGGGGAGAAGCUGACCGACGAGGAAGUGGACGAGAUGAUCAGAGAGGCUGACAUCGAUGGCGACGGCCAGGUCAAUUAUGAAGAAUUUGUCCAGAUGAUGACCGCGAAGUGAAGGCCCCCGGGCAGCUGGCGAUGCCCGUUCUCUCCAUCUCUCUCUUCUCGCGCGCGCACUGUCUCUCUUCUGACUCCCCUGCGUCCCCCGGUUCUAGCAAUUACCACCGGAUUGACUGAGAAUCUGAUAAAGCAACAAAAGAUGUGUCCUAAGCUGCAUGACUGCUCUUUCUCCUUCCUCCCCGAGUCCCCUCCCGCGCCCCUCAUCUCCUCCUUCCGCCCUCCCCCCUCCCAUCCGCAUCUUCCAAGGCCUGAUGCAUUCAUAAGACGAGCCCCCGUCCCCUGCCCGGGAGCCUCUGCCCUCCUCCCCCAGCCCGGGUGGCUCUCCUCCGUCUCGGUUUGUUUCCUUUCGUCUGCCAUCUUAUGCUGGGUGCUGGGGUGGCUGCCAGCCCCGGCCCGGGACUUGCUAGGGAGGGGCCGAGGCCCUCACCCGGCCAGAAGAGCAUGCCUUUCGUGUUGCAUGCAACCAACCCUGUGACCCCGUGUGCAAAUCCCAGCAGUCUUGGGGGGCAGGGGUGCCAAGAGAGGCAUUCCAGAAGCACCGAGGGGGAUUGAGGAGUCGUGGUGUUGACUGGAUGUGGCCCAGGACGGGAUCGAGGGGCACGGGAGUCUUGGAAGCUGGCAUUCUUGUACCGCUUGAGGAGGCCAACGCUAAGGGACGGCCAGAGUGGACCCCCCUGGAUCCCGUGGCUGCUCUUCUGAAACCAUCGGAUUGGCUUCCUGAGGGUGGGCUGGCAGGGGCGGGGCUGCCCAGUGGCCACUCUGCAAAUUGUCUGUGCCCACGUUCCUGAAGCAUCUUUGCGAGCUGGUCUGUGAAUACCUGGUGCUAACAUCCCGUGCCACCCCCUCACGACGCACCUGCCCACCCACAUUGAGAUCCCCUCGGGGGGACGGAUGUGGGGACGGUUGCUUUGUCAUGUCUUGGUUGUCCUUUUGUUUUUCCUUUAUGCCCCUUCAAACUUGCAUUUUGUCCAAAACCACGCCGGGCUAGUUGAAGGGUGGGGAGAGGGAAGAUGCGCCCCACCACGCUCUCGAGAGGACACACCUGCAAUAAAACAACCCUGUCGGCUAGCUGCCCUGAGGGCCGGCAGCCGGCCUCUCCCGCUUCUCUGUGGCGACUUGGCUGGCUUCCACCAUCUGUGCUGUCUCUGCCCGCCUCUCCCUGCCUCUCCCCUCGCCCACCUGCCUGCCCCCACACCCCCGCGCGGAGAGCAUGAUCCGCGGCCUUGCUUCUGACUUUCGCCUCUGGGACAAGUAAGUCAACGUGGGCAGUUCGGUCGUCUGGAUUUUUUUCCUUUUUCUGUUCAUUUCAUCUGCCCCACCCCCCGCCAACCCAAGUUGAUCGAGUGGCUUCUCCUGGGACCUGGCCAGCUUUGAGAGUCUCUCCUCAUCACCCUCUGGCACCCAGCCUCUGAGGGAGGGGCGUAGUGGGAGACCCCGCCAAGAGCUGAGGGUAAGGGCAGGUAGGCGUGAGGCUGUGGACGUUUUCGGAGUGUUUCGGUUUUGGUUUUGUUUUGUUUUUUAAACCGGGCAAUAUUGUGUUCAGUUCAAGCUGUGAAGAAAAAUAUAUAUCAAUGUUUUCCAAUAAAAUACAGUGACUACCUGA